UUCGAGAGAGAUUUCAUCGAGUUCACUUUGACGCUAUGGCUCCCAAGACAAGCGGAAAGGCUGCAAAGAAGGCUGGAAAGGCCCAGAAAAAUAUCUCCAAGACCGACAAGAAGAAGAAGCGCAAGCGUAAGGAGAGCUACGCCAUCUACAUUUACAAGGUGCUGAAGCAAGUCCAUCCGGACACGGGCAUCAGCAGCAAGGCCAUGAGCAUCAUGAACAGCUUCGUGAACGACAUCUUCGAGCGCAUCGCCGCCGAAGCUUCUCGCCUCGCUCACUACAACAAGCGCUCAACCAUCACGAGUCGCGAGAUUCAGACUGCCGUGCGCCUGCUGCUGCCUGGCGAGUUGGCCAAGCACGCCGUGAGUGAAGGCACAAAGGCCGUGACCAAGUACACCAGCUCCAAGUAAAUGACCGCUCUUCUUCCCCGACAACAAACAAAUGGCCCUUUUCAGGGCCCACAAAUGUAUUUCGUAAAGAAUUGACGAUGAAACUUUGUGUUGCCAAAUAGCGCUUGAAUUGUAACAAGGAGAAAUUAUAUGGUCAGAAAUGACCAAUGACAAUUCACUCUUUGUUGAGGGAAUUGUCCUUUGGAAUAUGUUGC